UCAAACCGUUCGAUGUUCAAUCAAAACAUUUUUUUGUGAAAUAAAAUAAUUCAAAUCAAAUCAGUCAACAAACUCACUUUCAAUUCAAUACAAUUUAUCAAAUUGCGGUGAAUUUGCCAUUAUGUGAUAAGAUAUUGACAAAAAUGUACGCCACCUUUUCUAUAAAUAACCUUAUGCACCUAUGUUCGGCAAAUUCAUGUUACAGAAUUUGUAGGACAAUAACAACAAAUACCAAGAAGAAAAUAGAGGUAAAGUAUGAAUAUUACCAGAUUUUGAAUGUGCCAGUGCAUUCAAAACAAGAUGUCAUCCGCAAAGCAUUUCUGGAGCUGGCGAAGAAAUACCAUCCAGACUCAGGCUCUCCAGAAGCGGAUAUGGAUAAAUUUGUGGCCAUAGAGAAUGCAUUCAGAAUUCUUACUAAACAUAAUACGGGGAAUGUUGAAGAGGCUGAAAAAAUUGUUUAUGAUAUACAGCAUACAGCCCCGCAACAUCGUCAGUAUCUGAGCUACGAAGGUAUCGGUCACGGAACCCCGUUCCAACGGCAGAAACAGUGGACCCAAGCUAAAGCCCAGAGGGCAGCCACCAAUGUCAUGGAACAUAGGAUUUCCAAAGCCGUCGCUUCAGAAAACACACUAAUGAAAAAAGAACCAUACAGAAAUAAACAUGACAUCAAAACGAAGUAUGGGUUUGAUAGAUUAGUGGAAGAUUUGAUACAAGAGUCCAUGUCCAAGGGAGAGUUUGAGAAUCUGAGUGGGAAAGGGAAGCCGUUGCAAUCACAGAAUAACAAUCCCUAUGUGGACUUUACUACACAUAAAUUAAAUGAGGUGCUCAUAAACAAUGGUUUUACACCUGAAUGGAUAACAAUGGCCAAAGAGAUAGACUUGGAUGUAGAACUAUUAAGAAAAGAAGUGGAAAGUGACAGGAGAAAGCUAGGACCUUGCCCCCUCACCUCCGCCGAGGCAGAGAAAUGGGAACGCCUAAGCGAGUUGAAUCGAGAACUAGCAAAAUCUAUUAACACUAAAAUCAAUACGUACAAUUUGAUAGUGCCUUUGAUUAACAGGCAGAAGUUCCACAUAGAUAUAGAAAGUAUAUUAGAUGAUGUGCUCAAGAAUGGAAAGACUUCAAAUGACGUUUGUAAACCUGAAAGAAAGGUGGAGCCACCGGCAGUAGUAACGGGUGAUUCUGAAGAUUUGUUUGCGGUUUUUUUCAAGGCGGUAAUAGAUUUGCUUACGUUCAAAAAAGAAAAGCAAUGAUUUUAAAACAAAAUGUAGCUAGUGUUUAAAUUGAAUAAAAUAAAGGAGCUAAUUUUCUUUUGAAGUUGAUUAAUUGUUUAAUAUGAGCUUUGAAGUCAAAAAUCAUUAUUGGCCUUUUAGUAUUGUUGAAUUGUUUGUUAAUAAAAACAACCUUUAGACGAAACCAAUCUGUGAUAAAACUAGUGUGUAGGUUAUUUAUACAAAAUAAA